GGGAAGGGAGGCCAUGGGGCCGCGGGAGGCGGAGAGAAGCGAAACUGGGGCGGAACUAACUCCUGUGCAGAGCAAGACAUGGAGGAGCGCGGGUCCCCCGACGGGGACCCCUCGCGGAGCCUGGAGCAGGGGCCAGAGGGACCGGAAACGCCCAUCCAGGUGGUGCUCAGAGUGCGUCCCAUGAGCGCGGCCGAGCUGCGUCGAGGGGAACAGAGCGCGCUGCACUGCUCAGGACCCCGGACCCUGCAGGUGAGCCCCCCCGGCGGCGGCCCGGACGUGGCGUUCCGCUUCGGCGCGGUGCUGGACGGGGCGCGCACGCAGGAGGACGUGUUCCGGGCGUGCGGCGUGCGGCGCCUGGGCGAGCUGGCGCUGCGCGGGUUCUCCUGCACCGUCUUCACCUUUGGCCAGAGCGGCUCCGGGAAGACGUACACCCUGACCGGACCCCCUCCCCAGGGGGAGGGGGUGCCCAUACCCCCCAGCUUGGCUGGCAUCACCCAGAGAACCUUCUCCUGGCUGUUAGACCGCAUGCAGCACCUGGAUGCCCCUGUCACUCUCCGCAUCUCCUACCUGGAGAUUUACAACGAGCAGGUUCGGGACUUGCUGAGCCUGGGGUCUCCCCAGCCGCUCCCUGUUCGCUGGAACAAGACCCAGGGCUUCUUUGUGGAGCAGCUGCGGAUAGUGGAGUUUGGGAAUUUGGAAGCACUGAUGGAACUUCUGCAAAUGGGUCUUAGCCGUCGAAAGAGCUCAGCUCACAGCCUGAACCAGGCCUCUAGCCGGAGCCAUGCCCUGCUCACACUCUACAUCACCUGCCAAACUCAGGUGCCUCCUGUGGCCCCUGGGGAGCUCCCUGUUGGUGGGAAGCUGUGCUUUGUGGACCUGGCAGGCAGUGAGAAGGUGGCGGCCACAGGAUCCUGUGGGCAGCUGAUGCUUGAGGCCAACAGCAUCAACCGCAGCCUGCUGGCCCUGGGUCAGUGCAUCUCCCUGCUGCUGGAUCCACAGCGGAAGCAAAGUCACAUCCCCUUCCGGGACAGCAAGCUCACCAAGCUGCUGGCGGACUCGCUGGGGGGCCGUGGCGUCACCCUCAUGGUGGCCUGCGUGUCGCCCUCUGCCCAGUGCCUUCCGGAGACUCUCAGCACCCUGCGGUAUGCGAGCCGAGCCCAGCGGGUCACCACUCGGCCACAGGCCCUCAAGACCCCCAUAGUGAGGCAGCCCCAGCGUUUUGAGACUGAGGUGCUGCAGCUCCAGGAGGAGAACCGUCGCCUGCGGACCCAGCUGGACCAAAUGGACCCCAAGGCCUCGGGGCUCAGUGGGGCCCGGGUGGCCUGGGCCCAGCGGAACCUCUACGGGAUGCUGCAAGAGUUCAUGCUGGAGAACGAGAGGCUCAGGAAGGAAAAGAGCCAGCUGCAGAGUAGCAGGGCCCGGGCCCGGAAUGAGCAGUGCAUCCUGGCCAAGCAGGUCCAUGAGCUGGAGGGACGCCUUCUCUCUGCCCGCUACCUUCACCAGCCGGGUCCAGGCCUAGCCCCACUGUGUCCGUGCUUGAUGGCACCAGCUCCCCACUGCCAUGCACAGCCACCCCUCUGCUCCUGCCCCUGCUGCCACAUCUGUCCCCUGUGCCGAGUGCCUUUGGCCCACUGGGCCUGCCCAUGGAGGGAGUCCCACCUGCCCCAGGUGUUUGGCCCUGAGACCCCACCCAGCAUGCCCCUGUCUGCCCGGCCCCCACCCUGGGCGCCUCCAAGCAGCCCUGCCUCCUCCAAGUGCCCAAGAGAGAGGAGUCCCAGCAACGGGGCCCAGACCCGGGUCCUGGCGGAGAUGCUGACCGAGGAGGAGGUGGUCCCCUCUGCGCCCCCCCUGCCCCUGCACACGUCACCGAUGCUGAGAGGGGGCACCAGAGUGCCCAGCCUGGCCCGGAGACUGGAGGCCCUCCGAAACCAGAUUGGCAGCUCCCUGCGAUGCGGCCGGAACCAGCCACCCCCCAGCAAGGGCACACGGAGCCCCGGCCAAGUCCUUCCUCCCUGCUGAGGGCAAAGCGGACAUCCAGGAGACCGCCGUGGACCCUGGUCAGGGCUCUGUGCCCACUGGGGCUUCUGUCUCCCCAUCCGAUCAAUGGGGAUAGCAGCUGGGCUAGGCAGGAGACAGGUCCCAAAGGCCACAGU